CUGAAACUAGCUGAAAUAGAGGUCCCUCGACGGUGCGAUUUGUUUGCGCGUUUGACAUUAUACUUCCAGAGGAAUCCCGAGGACGACAUCGAGAUGCUGUCGAGAGUAAUUAGUUUUGAUGAGGUUGUUAAAACAUCAAUCGAAACAUUCCGCAACACGUUCGGUGCCGAACCGGACCUCGCCGCCUGUGCCCCCGGUCGGGUCAACCUGAUCGGUGAGCAUGUCGACUACAACGAUGGUUUCGUCCUGCCGAUGGCCCUUCAGCUGGGAACGGUGAUCGUUGGCCGGCGGAAUGGUACCGACUCGACGUGCGACGUGGUCACCUGCUCCGAUGGCAUCCAGGACGGUUCGAAACGCGCCCAGUUCGACAGCAGCGCCAUCACGAAAGGAUCGCCCAAAUGGCUGAACUAUGUGAAGGGUGUGAUGUUUCACUUUCGCCAGCCGGUUCCGGGUUUCAAUGCGGUCAUCCACACGAACGUUCCCGUUGGCAGUGGUCUGUCCAGUUCGGCUGCUCUCGAAGUGGCAACGUUGACGUUUCUCGAGCAGCUUACUGGCAAAAAGGCUGAUAGCUUUGCUGAGGCGGCAAAGCUUUGCCAACGGGCCGAGCAUACGUUCGCGAACGUUCCGUGUGGCAUCAUGGACCAGCUGAUUGCCAUCGGUGGUAAGGCGGAUCACGCUAUGCUUAUUGAUUGUCGCAACCUCGCCACCGAACCGAUCCCAUUCGAGGCCCCCGACCUGGCGGUGUUGAUCUGCAACUCGAGCGUAAAGCAUGAGCUAUCAUCGAGCGAAUACCCGGUCCGGCGGAAGCAAUGCCAGCAAGCGCUCGAACUGAUGGGGCUCGCGAGCUAUCGUGACGCAACGUUAAACCAUCUGAAGGCGCUCGAGAACGCCGGUGAGGUCCUGAUACGCCGAGCCCGGCACGUUAUCACCGAGAUUCAGCGAACGGAGGCUGCGGCCGAGGCGCUCAAAGCGAAGGACUUUGUGAAGAUGGGCCAAUUGAUGACGGAAUCGCAUCGAUCGUUGAGUGAAGACUUCGACGUGUCCUGCCACGAGGUGGAUAUGCUGGUUGAGGGGACAUUGGGCGCCCGUGGAGUGCUAGGAUCGCGCAUGACCGGUGGCGGAUUCGGCGGAUGCACCGUGACUCUGGUGGAACGCGCGUUUCUGGCCGACGUUGUGAAGGAGAUGGACACGAUCUAUUCGCGCAAAACUGGUGGCAAGUACCGGGCACGGUUCUAUCUUGCACAGGCUGGCACCGGAGCUCGUACGCUCGAGCUGGCUGAGUACCUCCGGUAGGACCGUAAGACCGGAAAACCGGAAGUCUGCUGCAUGCUGCGUUCGUUCGUUUGUUCGUUUGUACAAUCGUUAGAGAAGUAGGUUGAAUAAAUCCAUAUGAGGCCGUAGAAAGGCCGUGAA